AUGGCCACCAUCGAGCCUCGUCUCAUCCAUCUCUUGAACGAUGAGCCAGCGCGGCCGGAGCCUUCCACUGCCGACUUACACCAACUGCCGUCGCUGCCGUCGCUGCAAUUGCCCACCCAUGCCGGCACUCGUGAUGGGCCUCUGCCGCCGCUACAGCUCGACGGGCUUCGCUCGGACAGCUUCCUGGGCAGCUCUGGACGACAUGCCAUGCUGCCGAGCAUCAGCGGAGGAGGCCAUGCCGUGACAUCUUCUCCGGCCAGAGACCAGGCCACGACGGCCUCGCCGGACUACAAGAAGGACUCAGACUACUGCAGGGAAGGCAAAUAUGCCGGGAGCUCGGGCGUGUUUCCUCUGCGGCUGCUGUUGAGCGACGUGCCGCCCAUGUCUGUGUCUGUGCCGCCUGCGCCCUAUCUCUCCUUCUCCAGCAUCCUCAACGAUGACGGGCCAGACUUUCAUGAUGACACUCAUCUGCCUUCGUUACCCUCGCUAUAUGCUUCUGGCGCUGCUGCCGCUGCCUCUGCUGCGGCCAUCUCUGCCUCUGCUGCAGCCUCCACUUCCACUUCCAUCUCUACCACUUCUACCUCUACCUCUACCUCUGCUACUACUCCAGCCUUUGCUUCUUCUAUACCUCUAACUCCUCCUCCUCCUCCCGUCUCAAUCUCCACCGCUUCUCCUUCCACCACUUCCAACUCCAAGAAACGACCGGCUAUCCACAUCAAGGAUGAUUUCUUACAGCUUCCGCAGCCUGCAAAGAAGCCCAAGGCACAUCAGGCACCCUUCAUGCCGCCCAUCAUCAACGGACUCUUCGAGCCGCCACCCAACGUCGCCCUCUUUCCGCCCAUAUCGUCCAGUGUUUUCGAUGACACCGACGCUGGCCAGUCCAAGCUCCUCCACGAGCUCAGCUACAGCCCCCCGGGGCCCCGCUUGUCGCCGGAGCCAGACCAACCUGUGCCCAAGCCAAGAGCGUCAAGAAAGCGUUCAAGCAAGCCCAGACGGAAAUGGUCCGAGGAGGAGACGAACCACUUGCUCAUGGGCGUUGAUCGACAUGGUGUAGGCAGAUGGACCAAUAUCUUGGACGACCCGGAUUUUUUAUUUAAUUCCCGGACAGCGGGUGAUCUCAAGGAUCGCUUCCGCACCUGCUGCCCGGAGGAAAUGAGGGUGAUUGACGGUGACAGAACCAAGGCUCGUGCCAAAGGGCCGCUGGUGAACAAGAUGUCGUCGCCCAAAAAGCCGGAAAAGUUGAAUGACGAGUCCCCUGAUACUGUCAUGGCCGACGCAGGCGACAUGCUGCCGAACAAGGACCAGCCAGCCAGCUCUAGUCCAGUCGCAUUUUCUGAUGACCGUCCCGCCAAGAAGACUCGUGCUCAUCGCAUGAGGGUGUCGGAUCUGGUGGGGCUCGGCAUUACAGGGCCCUUUAAAAAGGCUCGUCGGCGGGAGAGGACCACCUUUACCACCCGAGACGACCAAGAGAUCUUGCAGGGCCUCGAGACAUAUGGGCCGACGUGGACCAAGAUUCACCGUGACAAGCGCUUUCACCUUGGCAACCGGAAGCCUACGGAUCUUCGGGACCGCGUGCGAAACAAGUAUCCCUACAUUUACCAACGCAUCGAAAAAGGCAUCUUCCAGCCCAAGGAUGUCAGCACCAACAACAUUCUCGAGCCAAUGGUCAACAUGACCAUCAGCCAUUCCUUCCAGGCUGCUCCCACCAAGCGCGGAGAGACUCCAAAGGAGCCGCAAAAGUGGUCAUUCCUGGUGACUAAUUCCUCGGAGCAGUCUCAGUCUCGGUCUCAGUAACCAGCUUCUAAUUCUGAGAAAUCCCGUAGCCGCCAGCGACGGGUUACGAUGAAUACCCAUCGACCACAGCAACAAAAAAAUAAGCAUCAUUACAGCAACUAUCGCAGCUCUUGUUCUACUACAUCUAACCUGCAUCUUUUUCUUCUUUUUCUUUCCUUUGACUGGAGCAUUUGUCCAAGGCACGGAAAAGGCCUUUUUUUAUUCAAAGAGCUCUAAUAAUUCCGUGCUUCACUUCGAGAGUGUUGCCAUCUUGAGCUCGCAUAUGGAAAGGGGACAGGCAAGGAUUAUAAUACCCGUAUUUACGUUACACAUGAUGGGAUGGGAUGGAAUGGGAGGAGUUAUAGCAAUACACAGGCCAAUGAAUUGAUUUCUUUAGUUACCAAUCUAUCCAUCUAGCAGUCUAUUGACCUGCCGAUCGGAUUCUCUGACUGCCCUCGUGACGCUCGUCUUAGUAGGUUUUGUGGAGCCUUUCUCCAUUCCAUUCAUUCGGAGUAAGUUGGAGCCUCGUUAUGGAGACGGUCGGAAAAACAGCGGCAUUGGAUGCAAGGCUAUCUCACGUGAUUUUCAACUUUGCUCUUUACCAGCCAGCCUUAGGGCAAGAAGCCCCCACAUUUUGGCGCUCACGAAGCGAGAAGAAAAAAAAAGAACGAGCCGCCAAUUUCAUUUUAGAUCUUGAUCCACGCUCAACCUUUUCGUCGUUCUCAUCAUCCGACAAAUCAGCCAGUCGUCACCAUGGCCCGAGGAAUCAAGAAGCACCAGAAGCGCCUUAGCGCCCCCUCCCACUGGCUCUUGGACAAGCUGUCCGGCCUGUACGCCCCCAAGCCCUCUGCCGGUCCUCACAAGCUCCGCGACUGCAUGCCCCUGAUUGUCUUCAUCCGAAACCGCCUCAAGUAUGCUCUCAACUACCGCGAGACCAAGGCCAUCAUGAUGCAGCGCCUCGUCAAGGUUGACGGCAAGGUCCGCACCGACAUCACCUACCCCGCCGGCUACAUGGACGUCAUCACCAUUGAGAAGACUGGCGAGAACUUCCGUCUCAUCUACGACACCAAGGGCCGCUUCACCGUCCACCGCAUCCAGGCCGAGGAGGCCGAGUACAAGCUGGGCAAGGUCAAGCGCGUUCAGCUGGGCCGUGGUGGAAUCCCAUUCUUGGUCACGCACGAUGCGAGAACCAUCCGUUACCCUGACCCCCUGAUCAAGGUCAACGACACCGUCAAGAUCGACCUUGCCACCGGCAAGAUCACCGACUUCAUCAAGUUCGACACUGGCGCCGUCGCCAUGGUCACUGGUGGUCGUAACAUGGGCCGUGUUGGUGUCAUCACCCACCGUGAGCGCCACGACGGAGGCUUCAACAUUGUCCACAUCAAGGACGCCAUUGACAACACCUUUGCCACCCGUGAGAGCAACGUCUUCGUCAUUGGCCAGGAGAAGCCCUGGAUCUCCCUGCCCAAGGGCAAGGGUGUCAAGCUCACCAUUGCUGAGGAGCGUGACCGCCGCCGCGCUCUGGCUCACUAAGGAAAGAAAGAAGAUGUAUAGUAAUCUUUUCUUUUUUUCUUUCUGUUAGUGGAUAAAAUGAUAUCCAAAAAAGAUCAAUGGUUAAAACAAAAACAAUGGCAUAUAUGUGGACUGGAGUCUCGGAUUUGAUGUUUGCUUUUUAGUAAAAAAAAAGGGAAAGGAAUUUUAUUUCCUCAAGUGAUUCCCCCCUUUUUUCCAUAUUUCUUUCCUCCCCCUCUGGAGAUAGCCAGCCUGCGGGGUUUAACGAACGGAAGAGAAGACAUUCAAAAGAUUUUGAGCCCAAGCUGCUCUGUUCACGUGUGCAAGAUUCUUG